GAAGCUGAUCCUCUCGAGGUACAAAUGUAAAAGAGCACAAUUUUGUUGUUGAUUGUCCAUCAUGUUGCGCUGUAUUGGACUUCAGCGAAAGAUUCAUCUCUUUACACCACUGUCAACAUGCAUGGUCUCCAAAGGACGCUGCCUCCACCGUGAACCUCUUCACCCAGAAUGGGCUGAACUUGCAAGAAAACAGCUCAAAGGUGGUGAUCCAGAGAAAACAUUAACAUGGCAUACACCAGAGGGCAUAUCAUUAAAGCCACUUUAUACAAGUCGAGAUACUGAACAUACGCCAGAGGAAAUUCCUGGUAAAUACCCUUAUACCAGAGGACCAUACCCUACCAUGUAUACCAAUAAACCAUGGACCAUUAGACAGUAUGCUGGUUUUAGUACAGUAGAGGAAAGCAACAAGUUUUACAAGGACAACAUCAAAGCAGGACAACAGGGUCUCAGUGUAGCGUUUGACUUGGCAACUCACAGAGGGUAUGACUCUGACAAUCCAAGAGUGGUGGGUGAUGUAGGAAUGGCAGGAGUAGCAGUUGACUCUGUUGAAGAUAUGAAGGCUUUGUUUGAUGGAAUUCCUUUGGAUAAGAUGUCAGUAUCUAUGACAAUGAAUGGRGCUGUUCUUCCUGUCCUGGCAAUGUACAUUGUUGCAGCAGAGGAACAGGGAGCCAAGCCAGAGCAACUUGCAGGCACAAUUCAGAAUGAUAUUCUCAAAGAGUUCAUGGUCAGGAAUACCUAUAUCUACCCUCCUGAAACAUCAAUGAGGAUCAUUGGAGAUAUUUUUGCAUAUACUUCGCAGUGUAUGCCCAAGUACAACAGUAUUUCCAUAUCAGGAUACCACAUGCAAGAAGCUGGUGCUGAUGCAGUCCUAGAAAUGGCAUUUACUAUUGCAGACGGCAUUGAAUACUGCAGAACAGGACUCAAAGCUGGUCUAGAUAUUGACAUGUUUGCACCAAGAUUGUCUUUCUUUUGGGGAGUUGGAAUGAACUUCUACAUGGAGAUUGCUAAAAUGAGAGCAGCUAGAAGAUUGUGGGCUCAUUUGAUCAAAGAAAACUUUGACCCCAKCAAUCCAAGGUCAUGUCUGCUGAGGACACACUCACAGACAUCAGGGUGGUCACUGACUGAACAGGAUCCRUACAAUAAUAUCAUACGUACUGCAAUAGAAGCUAUGGCAGCAGUCUUUGGUGGUACRCAGUCUUUACAUACCAACUCAUUUGAUGAAGCUCUUGCUCUUCCAACUGUCUUCAGUGCCAGAAUUGCCAGAAACACACAGAUUAUUCUACAAGAAGAGUCAGGAAUUCCCAAUGUGGCAGAUCCGUGGGGUGGAUCCUACAUGAUGGAGAGCUUGACAGAUGAGAUCUAUCAAAAAGGUUUAGAGGUCAUCAAAGAGGUGGAGGAGCUUGGUGGAAUGGCAAAGGCUGUUGCAGCUGGAAUGCCAAAAUUGCGUAUUGAAGAAUGUGCAGCAAAACGGCAAGCAAGAAUUGACUCUGGAUCUGAGACCAUUGUUGGAGUCAACAAGUAUCGUUUAUCACACGAAGAUGAAGUGGAAGUUCUUGUUGUAGACAACACUCGUGUUAAAGAACAACAGCUUGAGAAAUUGAGGAAAGUUAGAGCCAAUCGAAAUGACGAAGAGGUAGAGAAAGCCCUUGACGCUMUCUCAGAGGCAACUAAAACUGGUGAUGGAAAUCUACUGGAACUUGCUGUCAUGGCUUCACGUGUGCGCUGUACGGUAGGAGAAAUAACCCAUGCCAUAGAAAAGGUUACUGGAAGACACAUCGCCAGCGAUCGUAUGGUCAGCGGGGCGUACAAGACAGARUACGGGGAAGCUGAUGAAAUAUGUCAGUGUAUUAAGAAAGUUGAGGAGUUUGUCGAGUCWGAGGGUCGYCGUCCCAGAAUCUUGGUAGCUAAAAUGGGACAAGAUGGCCACGAUAGAGGAGCYAAGGUCAUUGCGACUGGAUUUGCUGACCUUGGAUUUGACGUUGAUAUCGGACCUUUGUUUCAGACACCAACGGAAGUGGCACAACAAGCGGUGGAUGCUGAUGUUCACGUKGURGGGGUCAGCUCACAAGCUGCUGGCCAUAAAACACUUCUACCUGCACUGAUAGCAGAAAUGGCAAACAUGGGACGAAGUGACAUUGUGGUAGUGUGUGGCGGUGUAAUUCCCCCUCAAGAUUAUCAAUUCCUGUAUGAUUCUGGAGUCACUUGCAUCUUUGGGCCAG